CAUAGAAUUAAAAUAAAACAUAGCAAAUUUUUAUUAAAAUAUCUUCAUAAAUAAUGAAGGAAUGUCCAACUGAUUGAAACCAGCAAAUAUUUUUCUGGUUAUCGUUCGCAAUCGUUCUGGCAAUUCCUUUUCAGUAAAGCGGGAUCAUUAUUUGUGCCAACACAAUCUUGCCUUCAUUUGUUUCAAACAUUUUUCAUAACAUAUAAUUUAUAUGAAGUUUGACAGUUAGCUAUGUGAAAAGACGAACAGAGUAGCAAACCUAAGUGUAAACAUGUACAUGCAUGAGUACAGUGUUGUUUUGAGAUCCACGUGAAGAUAGAUUGUAAACAUUAGACAUAAAUAGACGGAAAAAUGGGUCCAAUAGCUGGAGGAAAGAAUGAAGGUGCCCCCAAAUCAUGGAAGAAAAUAAAUGAAGAGCGAAAGGCUUUGAAGAAACAAAGAAAACAGGAGAAGUUACUGAAGCAAAUGGCAAAAAAUCAAACAUCAGCGGAAACUAAAGAUAGUAAUGGCGGCGUAAAGUCCGAGCAGCAAAUGGAAAGAAGAGAGAACCCAUCUACGGUGUCCAUAGCAGUUCCGGGUUCUAUUUUGGAAAAUGCCCAAUCUGCCGAAUUAAGAAGCUAUGUUGCGGGACAAAUAGCCAGGGCAGCGUGCAUAUUUCGUGUCAAUGAAGUUAUUGUUUUCGACGACAUUGGUUUGGCCACUGCCAAGGAAACCAAAAGAAAUUUUGAUGCCGACGACAGCGAGGAUGGCAAUGCUGAUGACACAUCAAGGACGGUGCGCAGCAGCUGCCUUCAGCUUGCUCGAAUUUUACAAUAUUUGGAGUGCCCACAAUAUUUGCGAAAAUUCUUUUUUCCAUUACACAAAGAUUUGAAGUACUCCGGGCUUUUGAAUCCACUUGAUGCUCCUCACCAUUUGAGACAGCAAAAUGUUUUCCGAUAUCGAGAAGGUAUUGUGACAGAGAAACAAGCUAAAGAGGGUCAUUGUUAUGUUAAUGUUGGUCUCCUUAAUGAUGUUCUGGUCAAUAAAGCGUUGACUCCAGGAUUGCGCGUUACUGUAAAGCUGGACAAUGCUCAAGAGAAUGUGCGAAAGCAACGGGGUAUUAUUGUUAGUCCGGAUGAACCAAGACGAGAGUCUGGAGUAUAUUGGGGAUACACAGUGAGAAUUGCUCAUUCAAUACCGGAGAUAUUUACGAAAUCAAUCUAUGCGGGGGGAUAUGACCUAACCGUAGGCACCUCAGACCGAGGAUCAAGUAUUCACGAAGUGCCUGCCAAAUCGUUAAAUUAUAACCAUUUACUUAUAGUAUUUGGUGGCCUCCAGGGUCUUGAAUCGGCUAUAACAAAUGAGGAUAAGUUACAAGUUGAUGAUCCGCAACUAUUAUUCGAUCAUUAUAUAAACGUGCUUCCAAAACAAGGAUCCCGCACCAUACGUACCGAGGAGGCAAUUUUAAUAGCAAUGGCGUCAUUACAAGAAAAAACGAAUCCCAAAGUCGCAGACAUUGAAGAGGAGUUAAUAAAAGAAGCAUUGGCACGUAGUGAAGAUACCGGAGGAAUAAUACCCAAACCAGGACAAACGAAAUUGGAGAAAAAAAGAAAACGUUUCGAGGAAAACCAACAGCAACAACAACAACCAGAAAUCAAAAAAUUGAUUAAUGAGAAUAGAAUGGCAAGCGAAGAAAGUUUUCAGUUGCAUACAGAGAAAAAACUAGUUAAACCUCAAGAAAAGAAAGUCAAAAAGAAUCCCUUCAAACCAGUCACAGAUGAAAUUAAAUCGCCUGUCCCCACCAUAGAUUUCAACGAUGACGAUUUUGAAAUUGUCUCCGCAAGCAAAGAGGAUGACAAUAAGUCGAAACAAUCCAUUUCGAAGGAUGAUCUGAGUAGAUUUGAUUAGACUUUUCUAAUAAGCCCGUUGAUCGCUAAAUGAAAAAUCAUCCAAAUACUUUAUUUGGAGUCGUUUCUUUUUUUUAACGUAUAGAGAAUAUUUCUUCAUGUGUUUAUCAAUAAAUUAUAUGAAAGAAUAUUUUUAGAAGAAGAA